AUGGAUAUACAGAACACAUUCAAUAUGCAGUUUAGGACUACUUCCUCAGUUUGGUCCCAACAUUGUGGUUUAGUGUGCCUAACUCCUACGAUUUCUAUUGUCAACCCUUUAACCUCUGUCUGUGGCCGAUGUAUAUCUGCUACAGUUGAGCAUGCCAACAAUAAUUUUUCCCCUUUUCAGAUCUGUGUGGUAUAUGCCCCAGCUACAGUUGGACAGCGGUAUAAAUUCCUAUCUGCCCUGCUUGCUAACUCUUUAUUAUUGCCCACUCAUCCUUCACGCUUCAUCCUGCUGGGAGAUUUUAAUCACUCCUAUCACACUCGUUCACCUCGGCCCCGACUUGCACCUCAUACGUGGCUCCAAUUCCUCUCUGACCACCUCUUUGACUGCGUCACUAUGCCUGAUUCUACCCCUAUGCCUACCUUCCAUCGCGGCACAACGUCCUCCACCUUGGACUAUAUAUUCUCCUCUUCCGAUAUGUUUUCCCACCGCAUUUCGUCUUCCGUGGAUUAUAUUCAUCCGCAAUGGUCAGACCAUUUCCUAGUUUCCGCAUCUUUUCUCUUUGAUUCAGGCACUGUCUUGGGGAAAGGCCUAUGGCGUGCCAACCCACGUCUGUCCUACAACCAGCAUUUCUGUCUCCAGCUUGACUCUCACAUUCAUUCCCUCGUCCACUCUCUACCAACAUCUCUAUCUGUUCAAGAACAUUCGAUUGCCCAACGCGAUGCCUUUUGUUCCUCAUUGUUAACAACCAUACAAUCUUCCUGCGCCAUACACCUCACUCGAUCCUUAUCGAUCCGGGGGCGUGCCACCGUUCUCAAUACUCUCAUUCUCUCCCGUCUCUGGAAUGUCCUACGCGUGAUCUCUGUUCCUGUGUCGUUUCUCGAUAAAGUGAAGUCGGCCAUGGGUCAGUUCUUGCAGCACCGAAUGUUUCCUCCCAUUAAGCUGUCCACUCUUUGUCUCCCUCUUCGUUCUGGCGGCCUUGGAGUAUUAGAUCCUUCUAUACAACAAGGUGCUCUUCAGCUGCGUUGGUUACGUCCUCUCUGUCUCUCUCCUCACUCCACCUCUGGCUUAGUUCCUCCUUGGCUGUCCUUUCUCUUACGUUAUCAUACGUCUGGCACCGACCCCCGAUUGACACUUCUCUUCCACGAUCUUCGCCCCCCCCCCCCCCCCGAUCUGACUGGCCUUGCAGGUUGCUUCCGCAACAUAUUCUCUGCUAUUGAUAGGCUCCCGCACGACUUCUCCCUUGCCCCCAACAUUGCUACGUGUUUGGCACUUCCCCUCCGCUCAGUAUGCCUACCAGCCACAAGCACUACCUCCUUCUCUCCCUCCUGGCAACACCUCCGCGUUGAAGAUGCCUUUCUUGUUGACCCUUCUUUCGACGUUCUCUGCCGUCGAGCGCCGGCUGAUUUCCCACGCAACCCGCUCAUAUUGCGCAAGUUUUUCAAAAGAGUUGACUCUCGCGACACCUUGCUACAACCUUUCCUUGUUCGCGCUUUCCUCCCUUCUCAUAUCCUUCAGCUCAAUGACCCUUCCAUUCCUUCCCGUUCAGGCCCAUCAAUCAAUGCUAGCCCUUUUGUUUGCGGCCUUUUACCCGGAAUACCGUGGUCCAAGCUGAAACCUCGUAUGUAUCGUUCUCUUUGUUCCUCUUCUGUUUCUCCUCCCCUGUCGUCUACACUGUCCAGCUCACAAUGGCGAAUCUUUUGGAACCUUCCUAUACACCACCAUGUCCGCAACAUCUGGUACCGAGGUCUGCACCACAAAUUGUCAUCCCGCUCCCUGUUGCAUCGCAUACUUCCUGGCCCCUUCCCCACCGACUCUUGCCCCAUUUGUGAAGCCUCUACAGACACACCCGACCAUUUCCUCUUCUCCUGCCCCCUCAAAAUUGACGUUUGGUCUACAUUCUGGCAAGAUGUCUUUGGAUCUCAUCCUACUCUUCCUAUACUCCAUGAUGCAUUUUACAACCUGUCUUUCCCCUAUACCCGCCCCUCUGAUAUUCACGCCGCCUCUCUCUUUAGCUGUGCCCUUCUGGCGAUCUGGCGACAUCAUUGGUCCACGGUGUUCGACAAUACACUUUUUGUAUCUUCCACCGUCCUAUCUACCGCUUCCCGCUUGGUUGCCAUAUUUAAGGCUGAAAAAUCUCUUGAUGACCUUGCCUGUUCUCUUGCUACUUAGCUCUACCUUUAGUUUUCCUUCUUACAUAUACACCUCAAAAAAAAAUCAAAAACCCAAAAACAAAUUUUGUGAUGUGCGUCCUUUUUUUUUAGCUAGUGAUCCUCACAAUAAAAACCUGAGCUCUAAUUGCUCCCUACAAAAAAAAAAAGUUUUCGCUAUCAAAAUAAAAUUUGUUCAACCC